GCCCCGCCCCCCCAAUUUCCGCGCGCCUCUUUGGCAGCUGGUCACAUGGUGAGGGUGGGGGUAAGGGGGCCGCUCUAGGUUGCGGCCUGUGUCUAUGAUCGAGCCGUGGCGGCCAGCUGCCCGGGACAGAGCUCGAGUGUAUGGCUCGGGAUUACAAGGCCGACACGUUGUAGAAGGGUCGCUCCUGCGCGGGAAUUGAGACUGGGUGUCGUAUGGCCCUUUGUGGUCGGAGGGUCGUGUCAUUUUGGAGACUUGGGGUGUUGGGUCUUCGAUGCUGGGGGAGUUUCUUUUGUUGCUGCAGGCGCAGAUCAUCGGAACUCCGGAAGGAAGGAAGGAUAUUUCCGCCGUCUAAGCCCGUACAUUUGCAGGCUCUGCCUUGCUCUGAGAAUGGCCACCUCUCGAUAUGAGCCAGUGGCUGAGAUUGGUGUCGGUGCCUAUGGGACCGUGUACAAGGCCCGCGAUCCCCACAGUGGCCACUUUGUGGCCCUCAAGAGUGUGAGGGUCCCCAACGGAGAAGGCGCUGGAGGGGGCCUCCCCAUCAGCACAGUUCGAGAGGUGGCAUUACUGAGGCGGCUGGAGGCAUUUGAACACCCAAAUGUUGUCCGGCUGAUGGACGUCUGUGCCACCUCACGAACAGACCGGGAGACCAAAGUGACCCUGGUAUUUGAGCAUGUGGACCAAGAUCUAAGGACGUAUCUGGAUAAGGCACCCCCACCUGGCUUGCCAGUGGAAACUAUCAAGGAUCUGAUGUGCCAGUUCCUAAGAGGUCUAGAUUUCCUUCAUGCCAACUGCAUUGUUCACCGAGACCUGAAGCCGGAGAACAUUCUGGUGACAAGCAAUGGAACAGUCAAGCUGGCUGACUUUGGCCUGGCCAGAAUCUACAGUUACCAGAUGGCACUUACACCAGUGGUUGUUACACUUUGGUAUCGUGCUCCAGAGGUUCUUCUGCAGUCUACAUAUGCAACACCUGUGGACAUGUGGAGUGUUGGCUGUAUCUUUGCAGAGAUGUUUCGUAGAAGGCCUCUCUUCUGUGGAAACUCUGAAGCUGACCAGUUAGGCAAAAUCUUUGAUCUGAUUGGGCUACCCCCAGAAGAAGACUGGCCCCGAGAUGUGUCUCUACCCCGAGGAGCCUUUUCUCCCAGAGGGCCCCGUCCAGUGCAGUCAGUGGUGCCUGAAAUGGAGGAAUCUGGAGCACAGCUACUCCUGGAGAUGCUGACUUUUAACCCCCACAAGCGGAUCUCGGCUUUCCGAGCCCUGCAACACCCUUACCUGCGGACCGGAGAGGAUCAGCUAGAGUGAGCAGUGGCGUGGCUGCAACAGGACCAGUAGCAGAGAAGCUGUCACUCUGGUCUGUAGACCAGCUGAGUGGAGAAUCUCCCCCACCGAAGACCAUCUCUGCUUCUAUCUUUGAGGCUGUGGAGAUUCCACCGCCACUUUUUUUUACACAGAAUAUUUUGCUGCCUUAAUGACAUUCCCUUCCUAUUCCCCCUUUUGAGACUUCCCCUUUCCCUCCCUCCCCACUAUUUCCUUAUACCCAGAGGUGUGUCCUUUGUUUUCACCUUCCCUACCUUGAUAUUGGGGUCCUUUUUUAUACAAGAAAACAAACCAUGCUCUUUUUUCAUAUACACAUAUAUAUUAUACAUAUAACUGUU